AUGAAAUCCAAUCACAAGCGAUCCUAUAACAGUUCUUUCUCAUGCUCGAACCCUAGAUCUCACCUCGUACCUUGCUACAUCUCUAUAACAGUUCUUUCUCAUGCUCGAACCCUAUUUCUUUCUCAUGCUCAAACCCUAGAUCACCAGCGAUCCUAUAACAGUUCUUUCAAUUGCUUGAUUUUGUCGAUUCGUAUACGAUUGCAUCAGCAGCUGAUCCAGUCUCGCACCAAAAUCUAUUUGAAGAAGAUUAGAGAUAGAGGGAGAGGUAGGGCUCAUGGUGGUGGUGGUGGUCGAGGUCAAGGAAGAUCAUUUGGUGGUGGAAGACCAACAGGGCCACCUCGCAGAGGUCCCCUUGUUGUGAAUGCUCGACCCUCAGCUUAUACUAUUGCAAAGGGGGAUUUCGGGAAAUGUUAUGAUAGAUGCACGUUCCACAGGGAAAUAUUAUCACUUUGUAAGGUUUAUGUGACGUGCUGCUUCCCACAUUACAUUAGAAUGUGCUUUACAAACUCAUCCAAACAUCACUCUUAUUGGAGAAGAGAUAUAAUCUGUAAACGUGCAGAUCUUGGUUAUAACUAUGGUGUUAUUCUCAUACCUAAAGGACUUAUUGAUUCCCUGAGGUGCAACAACUAA